AUGGCGGAGUUUCAUGAGUGUCAUGGAACUUUGGUGUUUUUAAGCAAUGGUAACCGCAGUGCUCGAAGACGAAGCUCCGCCGCAGAAUUCAAUAAUGGUCUGAUAUUUAGUAAGAGCCCAAUGAGGGACAAUGAACGAUUUGAAGUACGACUGGACCGUAAAAUUGGAAACUGGUCAGGAUCUUGGGCUAUCGGCGUGACAGCCGGCGAUCCUAGCGUUAUGGAAAUUCCUUCCAGUUCUACGGGCCUAAAAAAUGGCUCCUGGGUUAUGUCUGGAAUGUCUAUUCUAAAAGACGGUUCUUCUUUCGUGGAAGAAUAUGGUCAAGACCUCGACGAGCUCAAAGAAGGAGACAGAAUAGGUGUCGAAAGGACAGCCCAAGGAAGUUUACAUUUCUUUGUUAAUGGAGUUGAUUUGGGAGUUGCGGCUGCAAAUAUUCCUCAAAAUGUUUUUGCUGUUGUAGACUUGUACGGAAGAUGUGUAGAAAUAUCAAUUUACAAACCUUUCAAUCGUGUAUCUGAAUAUGGGGUUCAGUUAGAGUGUGUCACUGAGUUAUGGGCAGGCUCAAUUGAGGUUGGUGUUACGAGUCACAAUCCAGAUGAUAUCGUUUUGUUACCGACCAUGACAAGCAUGCCAACAGGGACUUGGAUGCUGAGUGGAGCAUCAAUUAUUGUUGAUGGCAAGGAAGUCAAAAAAGAUUACUCAAGUAUCAAUUUAGAAACACUUCAGGCUGGAGACACAAUUGGGAUAUUGAAAAAAGGUACAGGCUCUCUCCACUUCUUGAUCAAUGGGCAAGACCAGGGUGAAGCAGCCAGCAAUCUGCCUGCUAUUGUUUAUGGAGCUGUAGAUAUAUAUGGAGCUGCAGUGAAAGUUUCUAUUGUGUCAGCUUGUCGUAUAGAACAAGAGCAAGGCACCAGUCAGUUAAUAAAUGAAAGUGUGAUCAAUGCAAGCAGCAAUGCACUUGUGUUUCAUCCACGCUGUGGCUCCUCUGUGUCAUUAUUUAAUGGUUUUCUCAGUGCUCACAGACCAAGAGCCAAUGAAGAAUUCAAUAAUGCUGUUGUUUUAACAAGUCGACAUUUAAAACCAAAUGAACUCCUAGAGGUGCGUGUUGAUAUCCAAAUGACAAAGUGGGCAGGGUCUCUUGAAAUUGGUGUCACCAUCCAUGAUCCUGAAACAUUAGAUUUUCCAUCAACAAUGACCAAUGUACAGCCACCUGGUACUUGGAUGAUGUCAGGGGGAAGCAUUGUGUGCGAUGGUGUGACUGUCAUUGAAAACUAUGGUCCAACACUGGACGAAAUCAAGGUUGGUGAUACAGUUGGUGUGAUGCGCAAAGAAGAUGGAUCAUUGCACUUCUUUGUCAAUUGCACCGAUCUUGGUUGUGCGGCACGUGGUGUUCCAGCUGAUGUAUAUGGAGUGGUUGACUUGUUUGGUCAAUGUGCUCAGGUGACAAUUGUAUCUGGGAUACAGGAAAGUGGAGAGGUUGACUUAACAAACUCACUGAAUGAGGUUUCAGAAAUAACUAUUAUUGCACCAGAACCACAACAACCUGUAGAAUCAACUCCUUCACAGGAAAUCACGCCCGAAUCAAAUGAAGGGCUUUUUAAAUUCAGUUCUUUUCAUGGCGAACAAGUAGCUGUUAGCCACAAUUGCCGUAGUGCAGUUCGCAUUAAUCCCCUGUGUGAAUUCAACAAUGCUAUUGUGAUGAGCCACAGACCUUUAAGAGACAACGAGCUGUUUGAAGUUAUUGUGGAAAAGCUUGUGAGUCGAUGGUCUGGUUCGAUGGAAGCAGGAGUAACAACAGUGACUCCUGAUCAGCUCAAGUUCCCUCAUACUAUGACUGACCUUAUAACUGGGGCAUGGAUGGUGUCUGGGUCCUCUGUGCUACAGAAUGGCAGCACCACCAUGAAUGGGUAUGCCUGUGACUUGGACAAAUUGGAGGAAGGGUCCCGUCUUGGAAUAAUGCGAAAAUCGAAUGGAUCACUGCAUUUCUUUGUGAAUGGACAAGACUGUGGUGUAGCUGCUUCUGGAGUUCCAUCAGGAAUCUAUGCCAUGAUUGACCUGUAUGGCCAGUGUGUCCAAAUCUCUAUAUAUGAUACAGAUUACUCCGAGGCUCGUGAGACGAUUCCAGUCCCAGUCCCUGCUCAACAGACAGAGACGGAGGCCAGCGCUGUAAUUACAGAAGGACCAGCAGGUAAAGUGACCUGCGGAUUUCACUCCUGUUGUGGAAGAAACAUUCGACUUGUGAACAAUAAAAUGUCAGCGCACAGAUGCAGUGGAUUUAAUCAAGGUGUGGUGUUCAGUGCAAAACCUUUGGAAGAAGAUGAAAUAUUUGAGAUUGUCAUCGACAAAGUUACCGGCAAUCACUGGUCAGGAUCUUUAACAGUGGGUAUCACAGCUAAAACCAUACCGCUUAUGACUCUCCCUGUGUCAGCGCUGGACCUGCGAGAUGGAACCUGGCUCAUGACCGGUUCCUGUGUCGUGAAAGACGGUGCGAUUGUAAAAGAAAACUAUGGACACAGUCUGGACAGAUUACAGGCUGAGACCAGAAUUGGAAUGCAAAGGCGAAGGGAUGGGACUUUUCAUGUGUUCGUGAAUGGAGAGGAUCAAGGAGUCGCAGCCAUUGAUGUUCCUCGGAUUGUUCAUGCAGUGGUUGAUGUAUAUGGCAUGGCGCAGCGUGUCUCUAUUUCAAGUCCGUGUACCGUCGAUAGGGCGUCCCCCGCUAUUGAACUGGUGGAUGGCGAACCACAAUCAUCCAUUUCUCCUGUGAUCGAGGCACCAGAUCAAGUAGAAGAAGAUACAAGAGAGGCAAUAAAAAUCUUCAAAAAAUUUCUUUUCCACAAAAACUGCGGUCAAUUCAUUUCACUGGAUAGUAACCGAACAACAGCAAGAAGAGUUGACAGUUACAAUCAUGGAGUAGUGUUGAGUGAAACGCCCCUUCCAGACAACCACUUAUUUCAGGUAUGUAUCAGAAAGUUAAAUAGCCGCUGGACGGGCUCUGUUAUGAUCGGCGUUACAGCCCAGGACCCAGACUCCCUUACCAGCCUUCCAAGCACGGCGAACAGCAUCAAGAUCUGCCCUUGGAUAGUUGUUAAUAACACAGUGUAUGUUAACGGGAACAAGGUAAACGAUAAUUUACGGCGAAGUCUUGACAGCCUUCAAGAAGGAGACACCCUUGGAGUUUUGAUUGACAAGAAAAGCAGGUUGCACCUGCUUAUAAACGGAGAGGACUUGGGGCCGAUUGCACAGGCCAUCCCGGCCAGACGAUUUGCAGUACUGGACUUGUAUGGUUGUUGCGAAGAAGUAUCUAUUGUAACUGCUGAUCAUGGUGAACGCGGGCGAGUUUCCAUGGAUGAAACCAAGAUCGAGAGAAGCUUGGGGGAACACAGUAAAGGUCCAUGUGAUUACAGACAGCUUUGUGACCGAUUCCGGGCCAGUUUGGCAAUACCAGAUGAAUAUUUUAAUACAGACUGCAAAUCCAACGUCUGCUAUUGCCAGGCGUGCCACGAAGCCCGAGGUGAAAAACGUUAUGCUGUCAGUGGUGAUCCACCCUGUCGGUAUGCGCUGCCUUUGGGAUGGUGUCAGUUUGUGCUAAGAAUUCCUCCGCGAGUCGAAGGAUAUCACGUGUUCGACAAAUGGCACGUGGCUUUUUACGGAACCCCAAUUGGAAGACUAAGAAGAAUACUUGAUCUUGGUAAUAUUCCACUGCAAGUCUGUAGUAGUCAGCGGCGGAGGGGCUCGUCAAACAAAGAAAACGAAGUUCCCCAGCUCUGUGUAUCACCCACGAUCCUUUGCUCAUAUGAAGCCCAAGCAAAGAGACAAGAAUACAGAGAUAGUGCAACAGGAAAACUCUAUCAUGUCCGAGUGGCUUUACAACUUCUCGUGAAGCCUGGUAACUACAGAACUGGUCGGAGUCACCGUGAUGUUGACGCCAACGAGCUGCUCGAUGAAAAUAUUGGCACAGAAAAUCUGGAAUGGUAUUUAGAGAACCAAGGUUCCGUGGUCCUGACUGCUCUGCUUAUAAAUAUUGAGCCGACAUAACAUUUUUAAAAAAAAAUAGUUUCAAACGACUUUUGGCGAGUUAUUGCUAAAUUAUGAACGCUACGAAUUCGAGGUGUAAAUUAUGCGAAGAUUAUUUAAGUGGUGAUAAAUUCCCCGCGGACAGGGUUUGUUAAUGACUUUUGAACAGCCAGCAAUCAAAGUUUUUUUAACCAUUAUUAUAAUUAUUGGUAUUAUUAUUAUUAUUACCAUUAUUAUUAUGACGCAGUUUAUUGAAAUUCACAACGCCAGGAAAAGAAAGUUUCAUAGGACGCACAGCGUAACCUGUGAAACUACACAUCGUUGCACUUAUAAAAAAUGUAAAAACCUAUUUGCUAGCAUGUUAUUAUUAUUAUUAUUAUCAUGUUGUUUGCGAUUAUUAUUAUUAUUAUUAUUAUUAUUAUUAUUAUUAUCGGCAGGUAUAUUAUGAUAGGAUCAUGUUAGCCCACCUUCUGACCCCAUAUAUUUGAUCACAAAUUCCCUGGGGUAAACUGGUCUCCCUUUUAUUUCUAGGAAGUAGCCCUUGGGGGGAGAUUGGUUCAGGGUUCAGAAAGUCUUCAAGAAAGUUGAUUAAUGGAGUAAUUGCUGACUAUAUGGCUCGCUAAAAAUUUUGUGUCCUUCCUGUGUUGAAGAUGUUGUAGUUUAAAAUUUGGGAGCGGCAAACCCAAAUUCCUUCCCCCACUUCUCCUCCGGGACCUCCUACGGAGACUUGUUUUAAAGGUAUUUUUAAUAUAUGAAACCCAGUGAUUGAGUACUACUUCUAUCUCCUUUGUCUCGUUUGGAAAAUACAUCUUGAUUAUGUCGAGAAGUACAUUCGUUUGAUAAAUUAGCUGUGGCCGGUAUAAAUAGAUAAUUCUAAAUAGUAUUCCUCUUGGCCAAUAACAUUGGCACUACCAAACUGUCAAUUGAUUUUUUUCUAGAGUCAAUAAUGGUGAAAUGUUUAGCAAGCAACAGUGGACGAUAAUCCUACUCUUGUACGUUGGAUCAGCAGUGAUCUAAUCGGCCCAAAAUAACGAAUAUAAAUAUAGA